AUGGGAUAUUUCAGUCGACCAAAAGGGCCCAAUCCAGCAGACGAGGAGAUAAAAAAGCGCCGGGAUGCAGAGGCAGCUGCUGAGCAAGCCCGAAAGGAUGCUAAGGCUGCCAAAGAACAGCUCGCUGAGCUCAACAGGUCGAAUGAAGAAAAACAGGAAGAAGCUAGGGCGGCUCGGCAGGCCGCUGAGAAAGCUGCGGCAGACGCACAGGUUCAGGCCCAUAAGGAAAGGGAGGCUAUGGCCGAGGCCAAAUGUGCUGCCGAUGAAGCUCGCUUACAGGCGGAAGCUGCCGCUCGUACUGCUAGCGAGGAAGCAAGAAAGCAAGCAGCGCAAGCAGAGGAGGGGCAUAAGCGAGCUCUCGCUGUACAAGAGCAAGCCAGACGAGACGCCCAGGCUGCCCAGGAGCAUGCCAAGAAACUACAGGAGGCUGCCGAUGAGGAGAAGAAGAGGGCGACUGCCGCCCAGGAGGCGGCCAACGCGUUGAAGAAAGUGGCAGAAGAGCAAGUGAAGGUAGCCAAUGCUGCCAAGGAGGAGGCUGAACGCAAGUUGAAAGAAGGCAUUCAACCUGUAGUGACUCCCACACCUAAACAAGUCAGUGAUGCCAAGCAGCUAGUGCAAUAUUGUGAGGACCUUUUCCACAUCGCAAUAGCCGGGGUGGCAGGAGGAGGGAAAUCAUCCCUCAUUAAUACCUUCCGCAGUUUGCUUAAUAAGGACAUCGGAGCUGCUGCCACUGGCGUCACCGAGACAACGCUAGUCAUGGCUAGAUACCCACACCCCAAUGCGGAAUACCAUCUUGUCUUUUACGAUUUCCCGGGCGCUGGCACGCCCAACGUCACAGGCUGGCAGUACUUCAACGAGCAAGGACUUUAUAUCUUUGAUAGCAUCAUCGUGCUGUUCGACAAUCGCUUCACCGAUGUCGACAUCGCCAUCCUCAGCAACUGCAGGCGUUUCAAGAUCCCCACAUAUAUCGUGCGUUCUAAGGCAGAUCAGCACAUCCGUAAUAUCAUGAACGAUAUGGGGUACGACAGCGAUGGUGAUAGCAACACGUUCAAGAGGGUUCACCAGGCUGCACAGCAGCAGUUCAUUGAUCAGACGCGCCAGAGCGUGAAAGACAAUCUGGAAAUUUCCAAUUUGCCUGAACAAAGGGUUUACAUCGUUUCGAAUAAAACGAUGCUUAAUGUGUCUAAGGCAGGGGUAUUCGAUGUUCUGAAGCAGCCGAAUAGCAUCGACGAGAUGCAGUUGUUGACUGACAUGAUCCGAGAAGUCCAGAACAGGCGAGGACGACGUGACUGAGGCGGCGACCAUGAGUAGUCGGUGAUGAUACAGUUCUUCUUACAUUUCUUCUUUUUGACUCUUAUUGAUACAAGCAUUCGACAUGAUCAUACCGUUCG